AUGACAGCACCUAGUUCAUAUACACCCUAUCUACCGCCAGCACAGCCAAUUGAUUUAAGUACAUUUAAAGGUUUUAAAUUCGUUACACUUGAUGAUUUAGUGGUAGAAACACGUGAUAUUGAUGACGAUGUUACUGGUACAUUUGAAUGGGAGAUGUGUGCAGGUCAAGAAGAUCGAUGUAUAAAAUUUAUUCGCGAGAAGUGUGUUAAUAAACGAACAUUCUUGAUUACCUCUGGUGGACACGGAAAAAAUGUUGUACCUCAAAUUCAUGAUUUACCACAACUUUAUGCAAUUUAUGUUUAUUGUGCAGAUGUUUUAGGUCAUCAACAAUGGGCAUCUAAAUUUUCAAAAGUACGUAUUGUUUGUAAUGAUGAUAAAGUGUUACAUCCGCAACUUGCUGCUGAUGUGGCACAAGCCAAUAUUGAUUGGGGAAAUGCACUUCUCAAUGCAGAUAAACGUGAUGAAGCUAAAACGAAAUUCCAAAAAGCAUUGGACAAUUUAACUAAACAUGUUAAAUUUUCUGAUCAAGCUUUCAUGAAUCAAAUGCAAAAAAAAUUAGCUGAAUGCAAUUAA